GAUUCUACCCAUGUGAAUUCGACCAAAACAAUUAGAAAAAUUAAACCCCACCAAAUUUCCCAAUUUAAUUUUUCUUACAAAAAACCCUAAUCUUGAAAUUCGAUCGAGAAGAGGUUUGUAAUAAGUGUUUGACAAGUUCUUUGAAUCGAAUGCGCGUGUCCAAACUGAAGGGUAAUGAAAGUCAAGCCAUCAGAUCCAAGUCAAUAUUCAACCCCUCUCUCACUCUAGAAAACCCUUAUUCUCCCUCUACACUCCAUUACAUAUACAAUACAACAAACCCACUUCCCAAUCCUCUCCCAAAAUUCUUUCAUUCGUUCUAAUUAUCCCAACCUCAAAAACCCAAUCUUCUUUUUUUAAGAAAAAAAAAGCCCUUUUCGAGUAAAUUAAGGAUCUUGAUUUUCUUGGAAAUAAAUAAAUAAUGAGGGGGAAAAGGAAGAUCCAUUUGAGCAAGAUCUAUUCGUUCAAUAAAUGCCGAGGACGGUUCAAAGAGGAUCAUUCGCAGAUUGGCGGGCCGGGCUUUUCGAGAAUCGUGUACUGUAAUGAGCCCGCCGGCGAUGGAAUCUCAGGCGGGAGUAAUUACGUACGGACGACCAAGUACACGGCGGCGACGUUCCUGCCGAAGUCGCUGUUCGAACAGUUCCGGCGAGUGGCGAAUUUCUAUUUUCUGGUGACGGGGAUUAUGUCUUUCACGGCUUUGGCCCCCUAUUCGGCCUCCAGUGCGAUUAUUCCUUUGGUUUUUGUGAUUGGAGUUACUAUGGUUAAAGAAGCCAUUGAAGAUUGGCAGAGGAAACAGCAGGACAUUGAGGUGAACAACCGGAAAGUCGACGUUCACGCCGGCGGUGGCGCUUUCUCCGCCGCCGAUUGGAAGAACCUCAAAGUUGGCGACGUCGUAAAGGUCAAGAAAGACGAGUUCUUCCCGGCGGACCUCGUACUUCUCUCGUCGAGCUACGAGGAUGCCGUUUGCUACGUCGAGACAAUGAACCUCGACGGCGAGACGAAUCUCAAGCUCAAGCAAGCCUUGGAGACAACCUCGUACAUAAGCGAGCCGCGCGACGUCGAGGAAUUCCGCGCGACGGUCAAGUGCGAAGACCCGAACGCAAACUUGUACUCGUUCGUCGGCACCAUGGAGUUCCGCGGCGAGCAAUUCCCGCUCUCGCCGCAACAAUUGCUCCUCCGCGACUCGAAGCUCCGGAACACGGAACACGUCUACGGCGCUGUGAUUUUCACCGGGCACGACACGAAGGUGAUUCAAAACUCGACGGAUCCGCCGUCGAAACGGAGCAACGUCGAGAAAAAAAUGGACAAGAUCAUCUACUUCCUUUUCGCCGUGCUCUUCGCGAUGGCGCUCGUCGGGUCGAUUUACUUCGGGGUCGUGACGAGGAAGGAUUUGUACGACGGGGAUCGACGGUGGUACCUCAAACCCGAGAGCGCCGAGAUUUUCUUCGACCCGCAUCGGGCGGCAGCGGCGGCGAUCUAUCAUUUCUUGACGGCGCUGUUGCUCUACGGGAACGUUAUCCCGAUCUCGUUGUAUGUCUCGAUCGAGAUCGUUAAGAUACUUCAGAGUCUUUUCAUUAAUCGCGACGUCGAUAUGUACUACGAGGAGACGGAUAAGCCGGCGCAUGCGCGGACGUCGAAUUUGAACGAGGAGUUAGGACAAGUCGAUACGAUACUUUCGGACAAGACAGGGACGUUGACGAUGAACUCGAUGGAGUUCAUCAAGUGCUCGAUCGCGGGGACGGCGUGCGGGCACGGCGUCACUGAGGUGGAACGGGCGAUGGCGAAGCGGAACGGGUCGCCGUUGAACGGGAAAGACGACGUGAUCGACGAGCAAUUGGGUAAGAAAUCAUCGAUCAAAGGCUUCAACUUUGACGAUGAGCGAAUAAUGAACGGGAAUUGGGUUAACGAGCCGGACGCGGACGUCGUUCAGAAAUUCUUUCGACUGUUAUCAGUGUGCCACACGGCGAUACCCGAUUUCGACGAACAGACGGGGAACGUUACGUACGAAGCGGAAUCCCCCGACGAGGCAGCGUUCGUCAUCGCCGCUCGGGAAAUCGGGUUUGAGUUCUUCAAGAGGACGCAGACGAGCGUUUCGAUCACCGAAUUGGACCCCGUCACCAGGAAAAGAAUCGAAAGAUCGUACAAGCUUUUAAACGUUCUCGAGUUCAACAGCACGCGGAAGAGAAUGUCGGUGAUCGUCAGGGACGAUGACGGAAAGAUCUUACUGCUCUGCAAAGGCGCCGACAGCGUUAUGUUCGAACGGCUUUCGAAGAACGGAUGCGACUACGAAGAACAGACGAAGGAACACGUCGACACAUACGCCGAUGCGGGUUUGAGGACGUUGAUACUCGCCUAUCGGGAGGUUAAUGAAGACGAGUACGAAGAGUUUAACGAGAAGUUUCAGGAGGCGAAAACGUCGGUCAGCGCCGAUCGGGAAUCGUUGAUCGACGAUGCGGCGGAAUUAGUCGAGAAAGACUUGAUUUUGCUCGGCGCCACCGCUGUCGAAGACAAGCUUCAAAAAGGGGUUCCCGAGUGUAUUGAUAAAUUGGCGCAAGCCGGCAUCAAGAUUUGGGUUUUGACGGGCGAUAAGAUGGAGACCGCGAUCAACAUAGGGUACGCUUGCAGCUUGUUACGACAAGGGAUGAAGCAGAUUACGAUAACGUUGGAUCAUCCGGAGAUCAAAGCGCUCGAGAAAGAAAACGACAAACGCGCAAUUGCGAAGGCUUCGAAGGAGAGUGUUCUUCGGCAGCUGAACAAUGGGAAGGCUCAGGUUUCGAAAUUAAGCGUCGAUGCGUUUGCGUUGAUCAUCGACGGGAAAUCGCUUGCCUACGCGUUAGAAGACGACGUCAAGAGCUUGUUUCUCGAGCUGGCGGUCGGCUGCGCGUCGGUGAUUUGUUGUCGAUCGUCGCCUAAGCAAAAGGCGUUGGUGACGAGGCUCGUGAAAGAAGGAACGAAGAAAACAACUUUGGCGAUCGGUGACGGUGCGAACGACGUAGGAAUGUUGCAAGAAGCCGAUAUCGGCGUCGGGAUUAGCGGUGUCGAAGGAAUGCAAGCGGUAAUGUCGAGCGACGUCGCGAUCGCUCAAUUCCGGUUCCUCGAGCGAUUGCUUUUGGUGCACGGGCAUUGGUGUUAUAGCCGGAUCUCGACGAUGAUUUGCUACUUCUUCUACAAGAAUCUCGCCUUCGGAUUUACGAUCUUCUUCUACGAAGCUUAUGCUUCGUUCUCGGGGCAACCGGCGUACAACGAGUGGUUUCUAUCGCUAUACAACGUGUUCUUCACUUCGCUCCCCGUCCUCGCCCUCGGAGUCUUCGACCAAGACGUAUCCGCUAGAUAUUGUCUAAAGUUUCCGAUGCUAUAUCAAGAAGGGGUACAAAACAUCCUCUUUAGCUGGCGACGGAUCAUCGGGUGGAUGCUCAACGGCGUGGGUAGCGCCGCGAUAGUCUUCUUCUUCUGCAUUCGCGCGCUAAACCCGCAAGGAUUCGAUAGCGACGGGAGGGUCGCCGACUACCAAAUCCUUGGGGCGACGUUGUACACGUGCGUCGUGUGGGUCGUAAAUUGCCAACUCGCCGUCGCCAUCGCCUAUUUCACGUUGAUCCAACACGUCUUCAUUUGGGGUAGCAUCGCGCUUUGGUACGUUUUCCUCCUCGCCUACGGGGCGAUCCCGUCGAGACACUCGACGACAGCGUACAAGGUGUUCGUCGAGUCGCUCGCACCGACCCCGUCGUUCUACGUUGUGACGCUCUUCGUCGUCGUCGCGGCGCUCGUGCCAUAUUUCGUUUACAACGCGGUGCAGAUGAGGUUCUUCCCGACGUACCACGAGACGAUACAAUGGAUGCGGCAUAAGGGGCAAUCGGAGGACCCCGAAUAUUGCAACAUGGUCCGGCAACGGUCGAUUAGGCCGACCACCGUCGGGUUCACGGCGCGGUCGCUUGCCCGAACCAACCCGCUCGACGGAUAGAGCCCGGCCCGGACCUGACCGGGCCCUGCCCGGGAUGGGGCAAAGAGGUUUUAAGAGAAGAAAUGGUUGUUGGUAUGUUUGUAUAUGGGGUAACCAUUUUUGUACAUUUUUGAAUUUUUUUAUAUCUUGGAAAUAAAUAAGUAUUAUUCUUUAAUA